CGUGAGUGUAUCUCCAUCCACGUCGGCCAGGCUGGUGUCCAGAUUGGAAAUGCCUGCUGGGAGCUGUACUGCCUUGAGCACGGUAUUCAGCCUGAUGGACAGAUGCCUAGUGACAAGACCAUCGGUGGAGGUGAUGAUUCCUUCAACACCUUCUUCAGUGAGACUGGAGCUGGCAAGCACGUCCCCAGGGCAGUGUUUGUGGAUCUGGAGCCCACUGUGAUCGAUGAGGUUCGCACAGGCACUUACCGCCAGCUCUUCCACCCUGAGCAGCUGAUCACUGGAAAGGAGGAUGCAGCCAACAACUACGCUCGUGGACAUUACACCAUCGGCAAAGAGAUCAUCGACCUGGUGCUUGACAGAAUCCGCAAACUGGCUGACCAGUGCACUGGUCUCCAGGGCUUCCUGGUCUUCCACAGCUUUGGGGGUGGAACUGGAUCUGGUUUCACCUCCUUGCUGAUGGAGCGUCUCUCUGUUGACUAUGGCAAGAAGUCUAAGCUGGAGUUCUCCAUCUACCCAGCUCCACAGGUCUCCACCGCUGUGGUAGAGCCCUACAACUCCAUCCUGACCACUCACACCACUCUCGAGCACUCCGACUGUGCUUUCAUGGUCGAUAACGAGGCCAUCUAUGACAUCUGCCGUAGAAACCUAGACAUUGAGCGUCCUACCUACACCAACCUUAACAGGUUAAUCGGGCAGAUUGUGUCUUCCAUCACAGCCUCCCUCCGAUUUGAUGGUGCCCUGAAUGUUGAUCUGACCGAGUUCCAGACCAACUUGGUGCCCUACCCUCGCAUCCACUUCCCUCUGGCCACAUACGCUCCAGUUAUCUCAGCUGAGAAAGCUUACCACGAGCAGCUUUCAGUGGCUGAGAUCACUAAUGCUUGCUUUGAGCCAGCCAAUCAGAUGGUCAAAUGUGACCCACGUCAUGGCAAGUACAUGGCCUGCUGCUUGCUGUACCGUGGUGACGUUGUACCUAAAGAUGUCAACGCUGCCAUUGCCACCAUUAAGACCAAGCGUACCAUCCAGUUUGUGGACUGGUGCCCAACUGGCUUCAAAGUUGGUAUCAAUUACCAGCCACCCACUGUGGUGCCCGGUGGAGACCUUGCCAAGGUCCAGAGAGCUGUGUGCAUGCUUAGCAACACCACAGCUAUUGCAGAGGCUUGGGCCAGGCUCGACCACAAGUUCGACCUGAUGUAUGCCAAGCGUGCAUUUGUGCACUGGUAUGUAGGAGAGGGUAUGGAGGAGGGAGAGUUCUCUGAGGCCAGAGAGGACAUGGCUGCCCUGGAGAAGGAUUACGAGGAAGUUGGUGUUGAUUCCAUUGAGGGAGAAGGAGAGGAGGAGGGAGAAGAGUAUUAGAGUUCCAAGUGUUGCUACAGUAUGUCUUUUCAUGUUAGAACUGUCAAAUAUCCCUCAGACCGUCUUUUGCUAGCAGUAUGAUGUGAUACCAGAACAAGUAUUAACACUACAGCUGGUGUUUGUUUCUCUGUAGCCCAGAAAUCCUAUACUGUAUGACAAUGAAGGUCAUUAUUGUUAUUCUGCCUUUGUGUAAUCAGUGUUUACUGUGAAAACCCAAUAAACCUUUUAAAAAAAAAUUAAUCGUACAUU